GGAAGGUCGUUACGUGUGCGUGUGCGUGUGCUGUACGUGCAAGCAGGUGCCUGAAUGGUGUGGCAGCAAGUUGCACGGCUGACCCUGCUCUUGAGAGAAAGUGAGAGAAAGUUGAACUUUUAACCCUGGUCCUCCUUCGUGGAAACCCUAAAAGGAGUCUCAGGGCGGACGCUGCGUGGCCAUGUCGACCCUCCUGCACUGCAUCUCUUGCUCUUCUCUCACUUUGCUCCAACAAGGUGUCCGUCAGACGUUACCAGCAAGGAGGAAUUUCCGGACUUUCCCUGUGCUAUGGGACCAAAACAUCUCUAAAGGUGUGCUCUACAAGGAAUUAGUGGUUGGCGUACCCAAGGAGACGUUUCAGAAUGAGCGCCGUGUAGCGUUAUCGCCUGCUGGCGUCCAAGCGCUGGUCAAACAAGGCUUCAGAGUACAAGUUGAGAGUGGAGCUGGCGAGGAAUCAAAGUUCUCUGACCAGCAGUACAAAGAAGCAGGCGCCAGCAUCACUGAUGUCAAAGGAGCCCUUGGAUCAGACUUGGUCCUCAAGGUCCGGGCCCCCAGUUUGACAGAGGUCGACCUCCUAAAGACAAUGUCCACUCUGGUGAGCUUCGUCUAUCCGGCUCAGAAUCCAGAGCUGCUGAAGAAGCUGUCGGAGAGGAAAAGCACAGUGUUAGCCAUGGAUCAAGUGCCCAGAGUCACCAUCGCUCAAGGCUACGACGCUCUCAGCUCCAUGGCCAACAUCGCUGGGUACAAAGCUGUGGUUCUGGCUGCCAACCACUUUGGUCGGUUCUUUACUGGUCAGAUCACUGCUGCAGGAAAAGUACCACCAGCUAAGGUCCUUGUCAUUGGAGGAGGUGUGGCUGGUUUAGCAGCAGCAGGAGCAGCCAAAUCCAUGGGAGCAAUAGUGCGAGGAUUUGACACUCGACCAGCAGCUCUGGAACAAUUCAAGUCCUUCGGGGCAGAGCCUUUAGAAGUGCAAAUCGAAGAGUCUGGCGAGGGAGUCGGAGGCUACGCCAAAGAAAUGUCCAAAGAGUUUAUUGAGGCGGAGAUGGCGCUAUUCGCCAAGCAGUGCAAAGACGUCGACAUUCUCAUCAGCACUGCCCUAAUUCCAGGAAAGAGGGCUCCCAUUCUGAUUAAGAAGGAAUUUGUGGAGUCCAUGAAGGACGGUUCUGUGGUAGUGGAUCUGGCUGCAGAGGCUGGGGGAAACAUUGAGACCACACAUCCUGGAGAGCUUUACGUUCACAAGAACGUCACCCAUAUCGGCUACACGGACCUGCCCAGCCGCAUGGCCACCCAAGCCAGCACCCUCUACUCCAACAAUGUACUGAAGCUGCUGAAAGCCAUUAGCCCUGACAAAGAAUACUUCCACUACGAGCCCAAAGAAGAUUUUGACUAUGGAACAAUGGAUCACGUCAUCCGCGGGACGCUCGUGAUGAAGGAUGGCCAGAAUAUGUUCCCGGCUCCCCUCCCCAAGACUGUUCCACCACCACUGAAACAGAAAUCGGUUGCCCAAUUGAAAGCUGAGAAAGGGGCUGCAAUUUCUCCUUUCCAACGCACCUUGACUUCUGCUGGCAUUUACACUACAGGUCUAUCCACAUGUCUGGCUCUUGGGCUCAUUUCCCCCAACGCAGCCUUUACACAAAUGGUGACAACCUUUGGCCUGGCUGGGAUUGUGGGAUAUCACACUGUGUGGGGCGUGACCCCCGCCUUGCACUCGCCUUUGAUGUCCGUCACCAACGCCAUCUCAGGUCUGACAGCAGUAGGAGGUCUGGUUCUGAUGGGAGGAGGUCUUACACCUUCCAGCUUGCCUGAGAGUCUCGCCUUGGCUGCUGCCUUUAUUUCCUCCAUCAACAUUGCCGGUGGUUUUCUGAUCACCCAGCGGAUGUUGGACAUGUUCAAGCGUCCCACUGACCCCCCUGAGUACAACUACCUGUACUUGCUGCCCGGGGCUGCGUUUGUUGGGGGAUAUGGUGCUUCUCUAGCAGCUGGAUACAACAUUGAACAGAUGAUGUACUUGGGCUCAGGCCUGUGCUGUGUCGGUGCGCUGGCAGGCCUUUCGGCUCAGGGCACUAGUCGCCUGGGUAACUCAUUGGGCAUGAUGGGAGUAGCAGGGGGCAUCGCCGCCACCUUAGGUGCCCUCAAGCCUUCGCCGGAACUGUUGUCACAGAUGUCAUUAGCCAUGGCCACUGGAGGAACUCUGGGUCUAACCAUCGCCAAGCGCAUUGAAAUCGCAGACUUGCCACAGCUGGUGGCAGCGUUUCACAGCCUUGUGGGGCUGGCGGCGGUUCUCACCUGCGUCGCUGAGUACAUGAUUGAGUUCCCCCACCUCGACGCUCACCCGGCUGCUGGUGUGCUUAAGACUGUGGCGUAUUUGGGCACUUACAUCGGGGGCGUCACCUUCAGCGGAUCGCUGGUGGCCUACGGCAAGCUACAAGGGCUCCUGAACUCUGCUCCUUUACUAUUGCCGGGACGUCACAUGUUGAAUGCCGGUCUGAUGGCGGCUUCGAUUGGCGGCAUGGUGCCCUUCAUGCUCAGCUCGAGCUACAACACUGGACUGGGAUGUCUAUUGGGAGUGUCUGGCCUGUCAACUGUCAUGGGUGUAACCCUGACAGCAGCCAUUGGAGGUGCAGACAUGCCAGUGGUCAUCACUGUUUUAAACAGCUACUCUGGCUGGGCACUAUGCGCUGAAGGUUUCCUGUUGGAAAACAACCUAAUGACCAUCGUUGGGGCUUUGAUCGGUUCCUCUGGUGCUAUCCUCUCCUACAUCAUGUGUGUGGCAAUGAACCGCUCACUGCCCAAUGUGAUCCUGGGUGGUUUUGGCACCACCUCCACAGCAGGUGGCAAACCCAUGGAGAUUGUUGGCACUCACACAGAGGUCAAUGUAGACCAGACCAUUGACAUAAUCAAGGAAGCCAAUAACAUCAUCAUCACGCCAGGUUGGGGGUUGUGUGCAGCAAAAGCUCAGUACCCGAUUGCAGACAUGGUGAAGAUGUUAAGGGAACAAGGCAAGACUGUCAGGUUUGGUAUCCAUCCAGUGGCGGGCCGUAUGCCAGGCCAGCUGAACGUCCUCUUGGCUGAGGCAGGUGUUCCGUAUGAUGUGGUUUUAGAGAUGGAUGAGAUCAAUGAAGACUUUCGAGAGACGGACCUGACAAUGGUCAUCGGUGCCAACGACACUGUUAACUCUGCUGCUCAAGAGGAUCCAAACUCGAUCAUUGCUGGUAUGCCCGUCCUGGAGGUGUGGAAGUCCAAACAGGUGGUUGUGAUGAAGCGGACCUUGGGUGUGGGGUACGCUGCAGUAGAUAACCCCAUUUUCUACAAGCCUAACACUUCAAUGUUGCUGGGUGAUGCUAAGAAGACAUGUGACAGCCUCCAAGCAAAGAUUAGAGAGGUCUACUACUAGGUGCCCUCACCAGCUGACUACAUGUUGCUCCUUAGUUUAAAUGGUUGUUUCCAACCCCAGUUUUGGCACCUAAGUAUCAGUCUAUGAAUUGCAAUGGAUAAUGUUAAGCUCUACAAAAGUAGAUUCCAGUUAAAGGGGCUGUUUCCAAUAUUUACAGAUACAUAGAGGGCGCUAACUUUCCAAUGUUUUAAGCAUUAUACUUGCCCUCUUACAGCUUUUAGCAUGUAAUGACAUGUGCGUAACACGUCCACGCAGAUUAGCUUUGUGUGUUGUUGUCUAAGGAUAGCAAUUUGGAUAGCCAAUUUUAGCUAUCAUUAAAUGUAUAGUCUACUGUAACAACAUGAGUACAAAUUGUUAGUUGCUUCUCUGGUACUAAUUUUGUGUAUAUGCUGCCUGCAUGUACAUGUGCAACCACAUUCAGACAGAUGAGAAAUUUCCUUCAGUAUAAUUAGUAAUUGUAAAAUGUAUGGACACUUUUUUUUUUUAAAUCGAUAUUUACUGUUAAAGGGGAACUGCAUUUUUUUUUUUUGCCAAUUGUUCACAAUCAUUAUGAGAGACAAGAAUACAGACGUAUUUUUUUAUUUUAACUCGUAAAUAAUAGUCUACUUACAACGGAAUCAAUGGGAGGUCCUCUAGUUCGCCCAUAAAGCCCUCUAAAUAACUACCCAGCAAUACUCCAUUUACAUUUUUGUGACCUGAAUAUUAACCAAGUAUUAGUGAUUUUGUUAUUAGAAGCGCUAAUGCAGACAAACUCUUUAUAGCUGCGACGGGAUCACAGAGAGGUAACUAGCUUGUGCUGCUGUAUUGACAUCGGAUAGUGAGCUGCUUUUGUCACCUCAGAACUCGUGAAAGUUUAUUUUAAACCAGAGAUAAUAUAAUGUCUCUCACAGAGAUCGAAGGAAGAGGACAUACCGUAUUUCCUUGAAUAGCCGCAGGGGCGCUAAUUAAUUUAAAACCUCUUCUCACUCCUGCGGUUACCAAAACCAUGCGGAAUGAGCAAGCAUGCUCUAAUUAUUUUAAAACCUCUUCUCACUCCGGCGCAUACCUUAUCAUUAAAAACACAUUUAAUAAAAAAAACGUUAUUAUGAUCUUACCUUUACUUGUAGAUGGGUCCAUGUGCAGCUGCUUCUGAUCAAAGGCAGUCUUUCUCAUCUUUCUUCAAUUUUAAAAGUCUCUGGAGAUAUUCCUUUAAUUAUUACCUCCUGCUUCGAUUGAAAGUCCAGUUUAGAAAACGGUUUUAUUUUAGAUAUGUAAUCCUCCAUGUUAAAAGUGCAAGCAAACAAUUGCUGCAUGCUUGCUGCUUGUUGUCUUCUUCUGCAGUACCUGUCUCCUGCAGUACUGGUAGUCGCAAGAAGGAUCACUAGCGCCCUCUACCACCUGGAGGCGGGAGUCAUUUAAUGACUCAUAUUUGACCCGGCGGAAGUGCCAAGCAUGCGCUAAUUAUUUUGCGAAACGAGUUUGACCCGGCUGUAAUUCUAGGCAGGCGAAUACUAUAUUCCCGGCGCCAAUUCAAGGAAAUACGGUAAUCUGAAAAGUUGGUCAACUUUGGCAUCCAAUUUAGACUCGGAAAUGGUGAGAAAAACAAGAAAAGAUGCUUGGUUCCACCCCUGAGUCAUUCUUCAUCUUAACGGGAAUAUAUGAACAUCCUAGCAAGCGGCAUCCCAGUGAGAGCAGACCUUGUACAGUAAGUGAUGUUUUAUUAUGUUUGUUGGCUCUCAUGAAGUCUGCAGUGAGUAAAAAUCAAGAGAUGUCGAAGAAAAAAAACUGACGUUGUAUUUUUAAAGUAAUUGCGCCGCCGUAUGCUUAAAUUAAGCAAAAUACGUAAAAUAUUACGUAAUUGUGAAUGUGCCUGUUACUACAUUCCACAUAUACUUACAUCAUGUAUAUAAAACCUUAAUGGAGGUGUUAGGAUGUAUUCUAAGGGCUUUAUAGGCAGAAUAGAGCGACUUCCAUGGGCACCAUUGUAAGCAGACUUUUGUUUGCAUUUAUUAACGACUUAAAAUGCAUUGGAAAAAAAGAAAAACUUGUGUGCUUGUCUGACAUAAGGAUUGUGAAUGAUAGGCAAAAUUCCCCAAAAAGUGAAGUUCCCCUUUAAACCAUCAUGACAACAUAAGCUAGCUGGUAGUGUUAUGUUUUUAGGUUUGAAAAAUGGAACUUUGAGCAAGUUGCAAACAGCCUCUUUAACAAAAGAAAGAAUGGAUGUAGAGCAUUAUGUCAUGUGUACUGGUUUGUAAAUAAAAUAUAUUUA